AUGUGCUACAAUCACGAAGAAGAAUGGCGACGAGAAUACGACAAUCACACGCCGCCACAAUCGGCGGCCGCCGCCGUCGCGAGAUCGGUGGCUCUUCUUGAGGAUCUUAGAGCGCGUGCAGCAGAAACCGAAUUCAGACUCCAACAAGCGAGGGCUAGGGAAGCCGCUCUUACUCGUCAACUUCAUGAAACAAAACGCUUCGUUUUAGUCAUGGAGAUCAUUGAAUCCUACCUUCAACGACGCUUCCUUCAACAACAACAACUCCUCGCUCGCCUCCUCUCCCCUGUACCACCACCUGAAUAA